GAAGCAACAAGCCACUCAGACCAGGGGAGAAAUACGCUUUUUAAAAUCGUGUUUGUCUGUGCCACAGCUGGUUUAGACAUAAAUUGGGGCUGGAAUUAUCUUUUUCUUUUUGUAAGCUUUCAAAAUGACCAUCUAACUCUGGUCUUUUAUUUCUUUCUUUCCUUUUUUUGUUGGACUCUGCUCCCUCAUUUGGCCUACCUAAAAUGGACUCAGGUGGUUCCCCAGUUAAUCCACCAAUGAACCCUAAUCAACUCAGUCACAGCAUGGGGGGUGCAGGAGCAGUGGAGGGACUGGGAGACAGAGACCCGGGGGGUGCAGGAGCAGUGGAAGGACUGGGAGACAGAGACCUGGCUGUACACUCAGCAGGCCAUGCCUCCCAACCAGCACAAGCCCCUGAGUGUCAUGGAACAUGUCCUGGGGAUGUAGCGAUGGUUAUAGAUGGGCCUCCUACAGCCAACCAACUGCAGGACCCUGCUGACCCUCCUCAGAACAGUGUCCCGAGCCCCACAGAAGACCCCCCACCCUAUUCCGCAAUUGAUCCCAAAAUGGCACAUCUCAUUUAUCCACCCGCUUCGCCCCACUAUCCAAGACAGCUGCCUAUCACCUACCAGCCAGGACCCGACCACCCUGCCUUCUACCAGCCACAAUUCAUGCCCUCACCCAGCCACACCCCUUACACUAUUUACAUGACCAGUCAUCCACCAAACCAGGAGCAGAUAUCCCUGCCCAAGGACUACCUGGUGGAGUCCCUGCUGGUCACCAUCUUCUGCUGCCUGAUGAGUGGGCUCAUCGCUCUCAUGUACUCUUAUGAGGCACGUGCUGCCCUGGCCCGUGGGGAUAUCAGGGAGGGGGAGCGGGCGUCCCAGAGGGCCCGGCUGCUGGUUCUGUUCAGCCUGCUGUUUGGGAUAUUUGUGUGCCUGGGCUGGAUCAUAUAUGUGGUGGUGGCUCUCUGUGCCUAGUGAUGCUAAAGGGAAUGUUUCUCGACACGUUUCAACCUUCACAGUACCAUACUCACUAGCAAAGUUUCCAGCCUAAUCAUCUUAACAUAAACCAGUGGUCUUUUGAACCAGGAGUGAGGACCCCUGCUAUAGACCGAUAUGAAUACAACUCAUCUGAAAACACAUGCUGUGAUGUCUGACUUGUGAAAUAUACUACAUGGUUUAACUAUGUAAACAUGCAGCUAUAUGCACUGCAUAUGAAGUCAAACUUGUAAUUGAAUUGAAAUUCCACAUUUAAGGAUGUUUAGUGGGGAGUAAUGCUGUAGGUGGUCAG